UCUAGUAUCACAUACGUCAUUCUCUCACGUUCGAUGUGUGGUGUCAUAGAGAAAUAUUCGUGAUCAUACAACUCGCAGAAAAACUAAUUCCAAAUGCUGAAUUUUACUUCUUAUAUUAACUAUGUAUUACAUUUUUAAAAAUAUGGUCGUGUUGUGCGGUAACUUGCUACAAAUAUAACUAGAAAAUUUUAGUUAAAAUAGCUCAUUAUGAACUGUCAUCAAGUACUUAGUGGUGCCUGUAAUUCAGGAGAUCAAUGUUUUGCUGUUGGUUCAGUCGAAGGGAUACCUUUUACAGCCUAUGCAGCAGGAUGUAAUAUAGUAAUACUUGCUUCAAAUUUUGAACGUGUUCAAAUAAUUCCGGGUGCCAUCCAUGGCUACGUUCGUAUUAGCUCUCUUGACUGCAGCACUGAUACAGGAAAAAUUGCUGCAGCUUAUGGUGCAGAAGUGUGUAUUUUUGAACCAACUCCCCUAAUACAUACAGCUGCCACUACUCAUGGCCUAGAAUAUAGGUGGGUGCAAACAGGCAAAUUGGUGGCAGAUGGUCCGAUCACUGCUCUUUCAUGGAAUCUAGAAGGUACACGGCUCCUCACCGGAGGCAAGAUCCUACAGCUAUGGCACCAAGCAUCGCUAUAUCAGGACGACAGUCAACCAAGCUCAGGCGUUACAUUCCAAAUAGGUGGGGAUAAAGAUGAAAAAACAAAACCUCCCGAAGAGGAAGAGCCUGGUUGGAUUUGUGUAUGGCAAUGUCACACAGCGACGCCUGCGCACCAUCUCGCGUUCUCACCGGACGGCGUGCUGUUCGCCACCUCCGGCGUCAAUGACAGGCUCGUCAAGAUAUGGUAUCAAAAUAAAGUAUUAGUUCAAGCUCAUAGUGAGCACAACCCGCCCGAGCUGAACUACACAUUCAUUUACGUAGCACACCCGCGGGCCGUCACACAUCUUUCAUGGCGAAAAACCAGCAAGUAUAUGCCCAAAGGCAGCGUAGGCAACGUGCUAGUGACGUCAUGCGUGGACAACAUAUGUCGCGUGUGGGCGGAGACGCUGCUGCCGGAGGACGAGUGGGGCGGCUGCGUCACUGCGCACGCGCGCUCCCCGCCGCGCCGCCAGCGCGCCACGCACCGACACAAGCACCGCUUCAUGCAGCGCCUGAAGCACAUGAAAACAUGUUUCCACAUCCGGCGGACGGCGCAGUCGUCGAAGCAGCCGGGAGCGCCGAUACCCACGCUCCCCUCCACGUACAGCGCGCACGAUUUUCACAAUCCCUACCACUCUACAUCAUACACCGGAGGUCUCCACUUCCAUCUAGCGGCCUCUAUAAACGCGGAAACCGACAUCCCACUUGUUCCGUCGCUCGCUGGCGGCGGUCGCUUCAUAUUGCACUGGCUGCACAACAAGGAGAUGCACUUCACGAGCCAAGCUGAGGCGAUACUGCACGAUCUUACUAAAAAAAUAUUAGAUAAAGAAGAGACAGAUGAGGGAGGUUCCGGGUCAGAUCACACCACACAUCCGGACGGAGAGAAUGAAACAAGAAAUAGACGACCGAGCCAACAUUUAACUAAAGUCCUAUCAGAAGAUAACAGCAAUAGUGACGAUCAACCAGCUAGUGGCAACCACAGUCAUCCCAGUUUAUCGAACACAACAUCUAUAAACUCGAUAGCGACGGACGUCACUUGCACGCACCUGCCAGAUUCGCUUGAUGCUAAAAUAGAGGCCCUGCUGCGGGACUGGCAUCAGAGUCCUGAUUUAUUGUUUUCUAUACAUCCCGUCGACGGCAGUUUUCUCAUAUGGGUGUGCGAGUGGCUGGACGAGCUGCAGGCGGGCGCCAUCCGGCAGGCGCAGGUGUCGUUCUCGGCGCGCAUCCCGUCCGCCUUCCCGCUGGGCGACGCCACCACCAUGUGCACGCCGGCCGCGCUGUACCACGCCGCCGCGCAGCCGCUCUACGUGCGCCACCGCACCAAGCCCGUGUCGCCCGGUCAAACUCAAGGGGAAACUGUGACGACACCCCUAGCCAGUGUACAAGAAGAAAAAGAGGAAACGGAAUGGCCCCAGGGCGACGACAAACCUACGCAACAGGAGAAUGGGACUCGAGAAGAGAAUAAUAAUGAAAUGAAGAGAAAAACGAGCGUUGCUACAGAAGAGAACAAUGAAAAUCAGGACGGAGAUGUUUUGGAAUCCGCGCCCGUUAUAUCAAUGGUCACGAACCACACGAAUGGAACAUUGAAUUUGUGGCAAUUAACAUUUGACGACAAAUCCAAAUUUUCACAGGUGCUAUCAAUCGGACACGCUUCCAGAGCGUCCGGACAUAGAUUUAGAGUUAACGACAUCACAUGCCAUCCAGUAUUACCACUGUUACUCACCACGAGCCACCACAACAUAUCAGACAACGAGCGCGACACGGCGGGCGCGGACGUGGACGCGGCGGCGGGCGGGCUGUGCUCGGAGCUCAUCAUGUGGCGCGUGGAGUGCGUGGGCCCGCUGGGCAAGUCGGGCGGCGUGGCCGAGCUGGCGCGCGUCAACUCGCCGCACCUGUCCGCCUUCAGCAACGUGGCCUGGCUGCCCACGCUGCUGCCGAGCACUACACUCGGAAAUCUGUCAAAUUCUCCGUCUGCCUGCUUCGUGGCGAGCGACGGUGAGAGUUUAAGGCUGUUUCAAGCGGUUAUCGAUGCGCGGACGUUAUUAGCUGAGAUCGCCACCUCGGAAAGACGCCAUAAAGAUGUACUGCAUCACGACACCAUGUCGAUGUCAUCGGAUUCAACGAUCGAAGAUGGCGGAGUUCCUCUUCACGACCGCAUCAAGAUCGUGUCCCAGCAGUCCACGGCGAGACCUGGAGCUAUUAUCCAGCUGCAUGCCAUCGCCGACGCCACACACGACUGGCACAACACACAGCUGUUGCACGUGUUUCAAGAGCAAUUAAUUACUGGUGAACGAACAACAAGCGAUACAGAAAGUUCAGAUUCAGGUGUAGAGGGUUCUGAAGCCAACACCAUCACGGAAGCUGGCUUAGAGGCAAUAGUAGAUUUGCGAAAGGCUGCGGUUUUUAAUGAACCGUUCUAUAUCGUUGUCUUAGAAAGAACUGAUGGUGGUUCUACAGUUCAUAUGUGGAGACUUACUGUAUCAUCUCAGGCUGACCCCUCAGAUGAUUUUACAAAUAGUAUGAUGUACGUACCGGACAGUGCCCUAGUGCAAGAAGAGGAGGGAGAAUCUAGGAAAAAUUCUGUCUCAAUGGAUACAGACCGACCUGCCGCUCCCGCUGUUAAUUCACAUCUUUCCAUUACAACUAAAAAGGUAUGCGAGUGUCCGCUGUCGCUGCCCGACGGCGUGGAUGUUAUUCACGCAACUCCUGCUGCGGGACAUCUGAGCUCAGCAUCAAUUUAUCCAGCUUGUUUAGCGCCAUAUAUAUUAGCAACGGCAUGUUCCGAUAGCACCUUAAGGUUUUGGAAGUGUAACGUCACUAAAAAAGACAACGACGAAUUCGAGUACUCGUGGAAGGAAUGGGAAAUGAUGAACAAGGAUCAAGAGUCUACUAUAGACAUUCCAGGUCAGCCGCUGCAUAUCAGCGCGGCGUACUCGGGGCGCAUCGCGUGCGCGUACAAGUGCGGGCGCUCGUUCACGCGGCCGCGCGCGCCCGGCGGCGCCGCGCCCGACGCGCGCUUCGUCAACCUGUGCGUGUGCGUGUACGAGUGCGAGAGCACGGGCGGCGCCGAGUGGCUGCUGGAGGACACCAUCCCGCUGCGCAACGUCAGCCUGCCGCGCGUGGGCGUCUGCGCCGACACGCAGAUCGACCUCUCCUAUCUGCACGACACCUCCUUCAUGCAGAAGAAGCAGAGGCUGACGCAGGUGUUACAAACGCUGUCGUCCGAUGAGAGCCGCAACAACCGCAACGGCGAAGGCGACACGGGCAAGUCGGCUGGUCUUCUAGCAGUACCGUCGUUCAGUACUCUCCAGUCGUUGCGCAGGAGCAUAAUGGAGAACGGCAACACGUGUCCGCUCACCCAGAAACAUCUAGUUCAACUCGACUGGGUGUCUAAGGAAGAUGGAUCGCACAUAUUGACGGUUGCCGUUGGUUCCCGGGUGCUCCUUUUCACGCCAGUUUCUAGUGACUUGGCACAAGCUAAUUUAAAGGCUAUGAAAGAAUCGAUUAAUAAUAACCGCCCAAUACUCCGAAAAGCGUCGUCAUUAGCCGCACCAUUAUUCGUGGAGGAAAUACGAUGGAUGCAGCUACGGAGAAUCCAGUUGAAGACGGCGGACGGUUUGCCACCUUUACCAAUGCAGAUAUCUUGGGUCCGAGAUGGCAUACUAGUUGUUGGGAUGGACUCAGAAAUGCAUGUUUACUCGCAGUGGAAACCCGAAACUCCUCAGAUUACUUCUGGACAAGCAACGAAUCAGGAACAAGAGGAAGGCGGUGAAUCGCGUGCUCUUCGUGAUUCUGAUUUACGUGUAUCCGCACCGCACUUACAGCGAGUGUCGUCUAUUAAUCUCCAGCUUUUAGAACGAGAUGCUAGAAGAAGAAACAAAACACAACCGGAUCAACCGCAACCUCUCUUGGACUACAUGCCUGACUAUGGUUUAUUCGAAGCAUCACAAAUGGCUUGUCCGGUGUUGCCACAGUAUCACCCUAAGCAACUGAUGGAACUACUUAAUAGCGGAAAAAUUCGAUGGGUCAAAGCCAUUCUCGCUCAUUUAGUCAGGUGUAUGGGUGGAACCUACACGAGCCGUAGUUCUCAAGGUGACGAGGACAGUUUGUCUAGACAGCGCGGGUGGUCGCGGUCGCGCACGCUGUCCGUGUCGUUCGCCGCGGGCGCCGCCUCGCCGCUAGACGGCGUCGCACAGAUAACCGAAGAUGUGCAGCUGGAUUACGCAGAGCUGACAUCGGUACCGCCAUUACCUCUUUGGACCCUACUUGUCGCGGACAAGGAGUCCGCACAUCAUCCGUCCACUAUUCAAGAAGCUAAGGAUUAUAAUGAACUAUUUGAGGGAACAAUGGAAGUAGAAGAUGAUCUCGAUGCUCUUUUGCUUGGUGAAGAUGAAGGCAUCGACCGUCGACCUUCGAUGCCGGAACGACAGCCUCUCUCACACUUUGGACCAAGACAAGGUCGCAUUCUCUCGAGACUUCUAACUCAUACCCACCUCCCCGGAUUGAGCUCACUGGACCAGAUGCAUCUGCUCGCUCUAGCGGACACCGUGUCCACGUGCGACGCGGACUUCGCAGAGCGGUUAACGAAUAACGCAAGAGUAGACGUUGCUCAGGGCGCCGGACAGGAGAUAUUACCUGACUCCUUAGACGACUGUGGGCUGCGAUUCCUCCUCGCCAUGAAGCACUACGGCUACCUGCUGCGCUGCCUGCCGCUGGCCCAGCGCGCCACGCUGCAGCGCACCGGCGUCGGCACCUGCAACCUCGUGUGGGCCUUCCACUCCGAGACGCACGAGCAGCUGCUCGCUCUCAUACCGGGAUACACCAAGGGGCAGCCCAAGUGGUCGACUAUGAGAGAAUUGGGCGUGGGUUGGUGGGUGCGCGGCGAUUUGCUACGGAUAUGCGUGGAGCGACUCGCUCGCGCCUCCUACAUGGCCAAGCAGGACCCCAUGGAUGCCGCGCUCUACUAUCUAGCUAUGAAGAAGAAAACGCUACUAUGGGGGCUGUUCCGCUCCAACCGAGACGAUAAGAUGACCGCGUUCUUUGCAAAUGACUUCGGUGAAGAUCGAUGGCGCAAAGCAGCGUUGAAAAAUGCGUUCGUUCUACUAGGAAAGCAACGCUUCGAACAUGCGGCGGCAUUCUUUUUACUAGGCGGGGCUCUGAAAGAUGCUCUGGAGGUACUCAUGACACGGUUAGGAGACUUGCAACUGGCAAUGGUGGUGGCACGUCUAUAUGAAUCGGAUAACACUUUGCCGAACAGCUUGAGGAAAUUACUAAUGGACGAGAUACUGGGCGGCGACGCCGAGGACGGCGAGGUGGACCUGGAGCGCGCGCACCCCGACCCGUUCGUGCGCUCCAUGGCGCUGUGGGAGCUCAAGCGGCACGGCGAGGCGCUCGACACGCUGCUCAACCCGGCCGGCCGCCUGCACGCCGCGCGCGACAACGAGCCCAUGCCCAGCGUCUUCAACUUCUACGUGUACCUGCGCACGCACCCGCGCCUCAAGCGCAACAACAUGCCCAGCCAGGGCGGCACCCUAGCCCUCCUCCAGCAGGAAGCGGACGAGGGCAUAACGCGGCUCGAACGCCGCCUGUACUUCCAAACGGCGCAUGGCCACUUCAAGGCGGGCUGUCCGGCGCUGGCUCUGGAGGUGCUCUCCAAGCUCCCGGCGCGAGUUCGCGAGGAGAAGGUCCGGCAGCCGCCCGUGUCUGCGCCUUCCGUGGACGACAACGUGAUACACACGGGACAGCUGGUCGAAGACACGAUUGUCAAAAAAGAAGAAGAUACUAUGGAUUGGGGCAAACCAGCCAUAGACGUAGACUGGGGCGCACCAGUCCCAAUUAAGACUGAUGAACUUGUUCUCAGUUGGGAUGAUGAAGAAGAAGAAAAAUCAGCCGGUUCGGGAGCGUCUACGCCACCAUUAGAAAUGAAAAUGGACAAGAGAGAGGAACCAGCUGUAAACGAAACUAAUGAUACGGAAAAGGAGGAAGAGCCUCCCACAGUCGAUAUAAUGGCACAACAACUGAAGUUUGUCGCUUGCCUCAAGAUAUUGAUGGAGGAGCUCAGUACACUGGCGACCGGCUUCGAAGUUGACGGGGGUCAUCUCCGCUACCAGCUGUACAUCUGGCUGGAGCGCGAGGUGGAGGCGCUGCACCGCCUGUGCGGGUACGUGUCGGCGCCGGGCGCCGCCGCGGGCGGGGAGCUCAUCUGCGCCGACGCCGAGUCGCUGCCGCUGCCCGAGAAGCCGACCUUGCACCAGCUGCUCAUUCGGGAGAAGGCGGACUUCGAAGCCAAGGUGCAGAGGGCGGUGCGACGCAAGAAGUGGUUGAAAGCCAACGAGACCCUUCUGCGCACUCUACUGUCGUAUUGCUCGCUUCACGGCGCGGGAGGCGGCGGCCUGGCAUCUGUGCGCAUGGAACUGGUGUUGCUGCUGCAAGAGCUAGGUCAGGACAAGCAGCACCAACAGUUGCUGUCGCCGCUGCCUUUCCCCACCACGCUCCCGCUGCUUGCUGCUGCCGUGGCCACGAACAACACCGUUGUCGCCGAUCCCGUCAGACAUUUGCAGGCGGUGGCGCACGACAUGCUCGGGACCAUCGGCGAGCUCGGCAUCCCGGGCGGCUCGGCCACGCGCAUCCUGCACACGCUGAGGGAGCUGGCGGUGGCGCUGUCCGCCUGCAUCUACCAAAGUCUCUGCGACUCCGACACCUUCAGCGUGAAGCACACGCAGCACUAUGACGGUAUGAUUGCCGAUACACCCGGUACUACUAAUCUCCUCGUGAGACCGAGACGAUAUUCUACGGAAGACCUCACGGUAACAACACCACCUAACAAAUGGCCAGGUGUGUCAGCCCUACGUGGUCUCGCUCUUCGCGCUGCAGAGGAGGAAGAGGCUCCCAGACUGCCAGUCCUUCUGGCGGAAGCUUUCUGUGCUGUCUACUUAGCCCUAUUAGGAUGGGCGCUAGCGGCUCGAGACGCGCACUUGUUGUACAGAUUAGCGGCUCACACUGCAGAUAAUAAGGCUCACGCGAAGCUCUACGGUGGAGGUGUUAGAAGACUUCUGACUACAGCGCCUGCUCAGCCACAGCCAAAAUUAGUGGAGCGAACUGAAGGCACCUCGGUUUGGUCAUCCCUGCGGGAAAAGCGAGCUCUAUUGCACAUGCGAUUGCUAGGUCUAGGGCCUACUGCGCCGCAUAAGAACAUUCAAGAAGGCCGGCCUACAUACAGGGAACAGUUUGUUCCACCACUAUGCAGCAUACUGACCUUUCUACUCACAAAGCCUACUGCUGAACAAGACCCCGAAAACAAUGAUUACGAUUCGGCCGAAUCAGGAGCUGAAGAUGCAGAUGAAAGUGGAAGUGAACCAGAUGACGAUGAUAUCUUCGACACUUCGAAUACAAAGAACGAGAAGCGUCGUAAGGGCCCGAACACGGAGCACAGCGAGGCGGACUCGUACUCGUGGUACGUGAUGCGCGUCGCCGUACUGCGGCUCGCGCAGCACAAGCUGCAGCACUUCCUGCAGCUCUGCGGGAUCGAGAUGUCGGAAUUGGCAACAACAAGCCCCACUGUGCACGGCGCGCUCCGUCGCGUAGAACAGUGGCAGCAACAACUCACCGAGACGCUGGAGGCCCGCGCCCCUCCGCCGGACUACAUCCCGGGCUGCUUCCCCGACCAGCAGACGUCCGGUCCGCCCAUCAACAAAUACAGAUGCCUAUUGGAAAAACAUAAUACGCCAUUUAAUACGGCGUUGUUUAGUACGGCACCGGCCCAACGGCUGUGGAACUUCUUAGUUCGACAAGAACAAGUUCAAGAGGUGUUCAUCCGCGCGGUGUUCUCGCGGCGGCGCGCGGCGGGCGAGGCGCGCUCGGCGCCGGCGCGCGCGGACGACGAGCACGGGCCCGUGCGCAUCAUACACAAGGAGCAGGACUCCAUCGCCGCUUUCUGCCUCAACCGCGUGGGCGGCGGCCUGCUCGCGGUCGCUACGGCUCGGGAAGUUCAGGAGAUGGACGUUUCCCUGCUCCUGAGAGGCGGCGCCUGCUGGGCAGAGGAUGAGUGUGAAGUGGAUCUCUUAGCUCUUUCCUCGGAUCCUGCGUCGUUGCCGGACACCGGUUUUCUGCUCAUACAGCACCAAGAUAAAAGUAACGGUGGUUCAGUGCCUGGUACUGGUAACAGUUCGCCACUCAACCCCAACGCGCCACAAGCUCCCGUGGGCAUGGCCAGCCAGACUGGAAGAGGUGCUAGCGUGGUGAAGGGCCUGCAGUUCCCGGGUUGCCACGACGCGAAAUACUGUCGUCUGGUGAUGCAUCGCUCCAAGCUUCUCAUGAAACCGGUACUAAAACACAAAAUUGACAAUAUUAAGCGAAUGGCAGCACAUCCUUCCCAACCAUUAUACCUGACGGGUGGCGCGGACGGCUCGGUCCAACUGUGGGAGUGGGGCCACCCGUCGUGCGUUUGGUCGCCCCGGGCUCCGGGCGCCUUCGCCAAGGUGACGCGCGUGCGCUUUUCCGACUACGGCAACAAGUUCGCUGCGUCAGACGCGGACGGCAACCUGGCGCUGUGGCAGCUGCACCCGUCCGCGUCCGCGCCCGUCGCCGCCGGCGUCGCCAACCAGGCGCAGGCCUCGCCCAGACCGUUCUUUACUCACCAGUGUCACAGUAAAGGAAUAAGCGACUUCGUUUUCCUAGGUUCCUGUAGUUUAGUCGCGACAGCGGGCCACAGCUCCGAGAGUAAGAAUGUCGCCAUUUGGGACACAUUGAUGCCGAUCAAGAAGGCUCUAGUAGUAUCGUGGACGUGCCACGAGGGCGGCGCGGCGUGCGUGUCGUGGGCGGGGCAGGCGGGCGCGCUGGUGUCGUGCGGGCGGCGCGGCGACGUGCUGGUGUGGGACCUGCGCGCGCGCGUGCCGCGACACAAGCUCAACGCGCACCACGCGCCCAUCAAGUGCGUGGCGCUGUCGCCGCGCGAGGACUACUACGCCAUCGGCGCCGCCGACGGCGACAUCAAGGUGUUCUCGCUAGCUACGCAUCAGCUACUGCACACAUUCGCAGGUGAACAUGCGCGGAGCUCGUUCUUCAAGCACAUCGGCCAGGGCGUAACGCAAAUACAUAUAGAUGGAGCGGGACGGCUGUUCUCGUGCGGCGCGGACGGCACCAUGAAGGUGCGCAAGCUGCCCGAGCGCGACGUGCCGCACCACGCGCACCACCCGCACUACACAUAGUGUGGCGAAUAAGGAAACGAGAUGCCGCGUUCCGAGUCCCGAUGUGAUGUGUUUAUUCUUCGCUGUUCAUGCCGUACGUGAUUGUACGCCGUUAGACUAGUCACUGAGUAGGCGAUGUUGUAUCUUAUAGCGUAAUACAAAUGAUUAUGAAUCUUUAGUUAUAUCUAGUACGAAAUAUUCGCUAUUUUUAUCCUAAGCUCGUCCUAGAUGAGAUAAACGGUUAUUUAUUAGCGCAUCGUCCUUGCGCGGACGAGCGCCGAGUGGGAACUCUUCGAGUGCAAUAACUUGCAAACUUAUGAAUUCGACCGCGGUCGAAGCCUUUACCUUGUUAACGAUAACCCUUUGAGAUAUUUAGCUUAUAAGAGUGCACAUACUCUUAUACUUGUAACUUGUUGACGCAUAAUAAAAUAUAUACUUCUAUUUACCGUACGUUUGUUGUCGUGGCUUGAUAUGUGUAAUGUUUAAAUAUAUUUAUGUCUAUCUAUAUACUUACAUUGUCCGUUCGCGUCCUACGAACAUUUCGAAACAUUCAUUGUAAUCUAUAACAUUUAAUAAAAAAUAUAUUCUUUAAUUCGCACAUCCUAUAUUAGUAGGUAUAAGUGUUUAUAAUUAUUUAUAUGAAUGUGAUGUUUUUGAAAUUACACGUCCACAUUAAUUUCCAAAGCAAUACGUUCUUUAAAAUCAUAAAAAAUAAGCAAUAAAAAUAAUAUACAUAACAUUAUGCUCUGACGAACAGUAUUAUUGAUCACAGAAUGAAAGGUGGCUGCGAUAUUAUUUUUUAAAACUAUUUUUACAUAAAUGCCACAAACGGUACAUGUACGUGUGUCUGUAUUGUGAUAUAAUCGGGCAACAGACGUCAGACCGGCAUUUUAUUCCAAUAAAAUACAAAAUUAUUUUUAUUUACUAAUUAUUUGGUUAUAAUAAAGGCUUAUACCACUUAUUUUUAUAACUUCACUGAACCUUAGUUUUCUAUCUUAUUUAUUUUGUAAGGUUUUAUAAAACUAAUCCUAUGUAUGCUCACAAUUACGGUAUUUUUAACUUCAGCAUUUUUCUUUUCUUUUAUUAAUUUAUUAUAAACAUAUUAGGCACUAUAUAGUAUACUUUAGCACGCCCUAUUUUAAAAACUGUAUGAAUUUAUAAAAGACGCAUACUAUAACAUAAAUAUAUACGUAUCUACUACACGUCUUACACUGUCAAUAGACGGUUUCGUUGUUUUUAUCGGUUAACUAAUUGUAAUAUUAUAGGUUAAUAUUAUUUAAUCACCAAAGUUAUGUACAGCAUGUACUAUUAAAAUUCAAUUUAAAUAAGUUACCAAAAUUAUUGAUCAUAUUGUUUUGAAUUUGCACAAUUAUCACAUAGACAAUAGUUUAAAAAAAUAAGCAUGAUAAAAAUUCAAAACUCGUUUCAAUUCACGUUGAAUAAUCUAAUUCGGAUCACUUCCUAAUCAUGUUAAAUCUCGUAAGUAAACUUUUAUUUGUAUAGAGCUUUUAACUUUAAAUAAAUGUUAUAUUCGAAAAUUAUAUUUAAAAAUAUUCAGAAAAUAUGUAAAAUUUAAUUAUUUUUAAAUAAUUGGUAGAGCCACGAAAUAAUAUCAGACGAAAAAAGAAUAGAUCGAUUCAUAAGCGCUUUUAUCUAAUAAUAAUAAUAAGAAAAAAUUACACGCCAGUAUUUACUCUAAAGAAUUAAUCUCGACCGUACCGUUCAAUCUCCAUCGUGUCUUCUCCAUCGCACUGUGCACCCUCGGCAUAAACAAAAGUCUCAUUUAAAAAAAAAAAGCUCUAAACAAUCUGCCUUACAUUUACCUUCAAUUUAUAUAUUCUUCAGUGUGCAGUAUUCGAAUUAUAUUAUUUUUGCUACAAUCCUUUGAUUGAUCAAGUUUGUAAGAAAUAAAUUCCAAUAUAAAAAUGGUUAACUUUUGUAAAAUGUUAAUUGUGAUUUACUUGAAUUAUACAUAAAUGGAAAAUUGUUUAAAAUGUAAAUAUCUAAUUGUAUGUAUUGUUUAUAAAUUAAAUAUUAGUUCAAUUAAUUUGAUAUUUUAAAAGUGAAUUUGAUUUUUAACAAGGAAAUAAUCAUUAUUCUCAUUGUGACGAUUUAUGUAAAUAAAAUAUCGAAAUCCUAAGCAUAUAUGAAUAUAUAUUAUAAAAUCAAUGAUUUAACAGUCAGUGUGUUUUAAAAAGUAACGGUUUUUUUUAUCAGUAAUAAAAUUUAAAUAAACUGUUAUUACAAAUAAAUAUUUACUACAAUAUCGGCGACGUUUUUUCAAUGACCUCUUAGAUCAAUAUUCACGAAUUAUUAAGGUGUCAUAAAUUCUCUUUACACUUACACAAGUGUCAAAAUAAUUGAAUUAUAGACAAUUAUCAUAUUUAAUGCUUAUUUUGUUUUAUUUAUGAGAGAACGUUUAAAAUAAAGUUUAAUUUAA